UCGUCGACACUGUGCACUGUGCCAAACCGCGCAACAAGCAAGCCAAGCCGCUCACCCACGACUUCGUCAACCAUGUCGCUGCACAAGUCGUUGGCGGUGGACCAGCUGUCAGGACAGCCACUGGACCCAAGCAACGCCAUCCGCGCCAAGGACGGCCGCUUCUACAAUGCCAGCACGCUGGGGAAAGCAGGGGAGGACCCGCUGCUCUCGCUCGUCACGGGUCACCCCGUGGAACCGGCUGUGGCAGGGGGCGAGGACGCAGACGCAGCCAUGCUGGUACAGGAUUUGGAGGACCUCGUCGCCCCACCGGCAGAUGCCCGCAAACCGCACACCGUGCACGACUUUGUGCUCCGCCACGCGCAGGAGCUCAUGAUCAACGAAGUGCUGCCGUCGACGGAGCCCACCCGCCUCGUCUUCAUCGGAAACCAGCUUGACGGCGUCAGCACAUGCAUUGAGCGCCUCUUGCAUGCCCACUUCCUUCCGCAGGACACGCGCGUGCCCAUUGUCAUCAACCUUGUCCCCGGCGCCGUGAGCGCACCCCGCAUCACACAGCGCCGGCGCACGGGCGCCCGCGAGGAGAUUCCACUCGCCCUCCCCGUGUACGAUGGCCGCCACACGCCUGCAGCUGCGCGCGAUGGCGUCACAUCAGACCACGUGCCGUGGGCAGCCCUCAAGACGGCGCUCACACAGCGUGCCAAGCUGUUGUUGGAGACGGUCAACGCGGACCCAGGCGCCACGCCGCGCUUUAUCCACACGGAUGCAGAGAUUGUCGUGCGCCUCUCCAGCCCUGCGUAUCCGCACCUCACCCUUGUCGAUGUUCCUGGACGGGCCGUGCAUCCCCCAUCCUACCUCGCCGCCGUCGAGGACGUGAUGCACGCGUACCUGAAGCAGGACCACGUGUUCCCCGUCGUUGUGGCGCGCGCCACGUCCACGCUCAACAACGUCGCUGCAAUCAGCCUGCUGCAACAGCACCACAGCCACCUCCUCCCACGCAGCAGCAUCGUGUUCACGCGCGUGGAUAUGGAUCGCAGGGCCGAUGACACCCUCACCGCGCUCCUGCGCUCAGACCUCCUCGAGUACUUUGGCUUUGGCUUUGCUGUGCUCGCGUCCCCACGCACAGCACCGGCCAGGCACGAUGGCAGUGAUGCUGACGGCGACGGUGACGAUGAUGCAUCAGCGGCAGCAGCACGAUGCGACCACCGCGUGUACGCACAGGCGGGCGAGGAGGAGGAGCGCAUUGCAGCGGAGCUGGCGCACAUCGAGGCCCUGGAGGGGAAGGUUGGCAUUGGCAGCCUGCUCGCCAUUGUCAAGCGCAAGUGCGAGGACACGCUGCUGCACACGUGGGUUGCGCACGCGUACCACGCUGCCCACGCCCGCCGCCAGCACCUGCACGCACAGCUGCUUGAGCUGUCACCCUACUUCACCACGACGAUGCCUGCAAGCAGCAAGGACUGGCGCGCGCGUGCCAUGGAGGCUGAGCCGUGCAAGCGGGACCUGCCACUGCCAGAGACGACGCCCGAGCUUCUGCUGCGCACUUACGUUGUCGAGCGGGCAGAGGAGAUCCUCAAUGCCUGCAAGCACUCCAUGCACGCAUGCGUCCUGCGACGCAUCAACGAGCUGGCCACCGAGCUUGAGCGAGCCGAGGCGUCAAUCGAGCGGGAACUGGCCCAGCAUGAGGAGGAGGAGCGCGAGAGCGCAGCCAACAGCGGCGGUGAUGGUGAUGAUGAUGGCAGCGCGGGCGAUGCGCAGGCGAUUGUUGAGAAGAUGCAGAUGGCGCGCCGCUGCCACAAGAAGAUUGCGUCACGCGUGGACGACAUUGCAGCCAAGUUGCGCGCGGGGGCCAACGCGGACGCGCUAGCCACCAUUGUUUCGCGUGCACUUGAGGCGGACAACAGCGACGUGAAGAUGCACCGCUUUGCCGCGCUCAUCGCAAACACGCGCAGCGACCUGCGCUCGCUCCUGCUGGAACGCGUUGACGCCGUGCUUGCUGACGCCGCUGUGGAGUUUGCAGACACGUACACGCGGGACGCGCGCAAGCUGUUCACGUUCACGGGCUCGAAGUUCGUGGCAUUUGAGCAUGCCACCCCAUCGCCUGCAAGCGCAUACACGUCGACGAGCGUUCGGUACGAUCCGCCCACGUCGGAGUCCCUGGCGCAGAAGCUUCGGUUCCAUCUGGUCGCGGCGAUGAUGGAUGUCGACUUUGACGACAUCCACGCAACGCUGUUUGCGGACCUGAACCGCCCACUCGACCUGACGGAGAAGGAUGGUGUGGAGGACACGCGGCUGGCGCUGCUGCUGGAUAUGGAGAGGGUUGACCGCGGGCUUGUGGACAUCAACACGCUGCAUGCGCUGCUGCAGACAAACAAGCAGGAGGAGUACUUUGCCAACACCGUCCUUGAUGACAUUUCUCCGGAGUUUUUCGAGGGAGUUGGUGAGUCGACACUGCAGCAGCUGCGCUUCUUCUUCCAGCAGGACCCAUCCUUCACCUCAAUCACGCUGACGCUCGGGGAUGAAAUCCCUGCGGAGACGGUGAUCAACGCCCUUGGUGUCCUGUGCGUCAGCAAGCACCUCACCGAGCUGACGGUGCACUCGCUGGAUUUCACGCGCAAGGACGAUGCCGGAGACCUGUUUGCCAAGGAAGCCCUCAAAGAACUCCUCCUUUACAGCCGCACCCUUCGCACCCUCACGCUGGUGUCGUGCCAAUGCGGCGGUACGGGCUGGCUGGACGCUGCGCUGCGGCACAAUGUGAGCGUGACGACGCUGCAGACGCGCCACGAGGACGAGCCCGAGUUUCUCGUCACCAAGCGCGAGGACUUUCAGGACACGCAAGCGGUCGUCUACUGAGAUGAAUGAGAUUGAUGUGGCGCGCAGCAGCAGAGGACAGACGUCCGCACACAAAAAGGGCAAGCACAAGCAACCUGCCAGCAGCCACACAACACACACACACACGCACACACACUGACAAGCACACACACGCACGCACACACACUGACAAGCACGCACGCACACACACACACACACACACACACACACUUACAAGCACACGCACGCACACACACACACACACACACAAGCACACACAGACUGUUGAUUUUUCUUAAUGGCUUUCAUAAAUUUCCUCGCUUGACGACACAA